GUCACUUGUGAUUAACCUUACACAUUGGGGCGGAGCAGAAGGGAUUACGCCUAACUCAUUUACUUCUUUGUCAGUGUCUUCUCAGGCUUUCUCUCUCUCUCCUUUCACCCUGUCUACAAGUUCUAUUCUUUCUUGAAACUGAGUAACUUUGCUUCAUUUCCCUCCCCCUCUCAGGUCAUCUCAUUCUGCAGGAAAGAGAAACAAGCUUGAACUUAACAGGAAGCUCUCUCCAUUUCACACUACCGGUUUCUGAAUUUUCUAGCAUAUUGUCUGUCCGGCUCCCCCUCUCCUCACUGUUGUGAUUUCUAGGAGGAAGGAUGUGUGAGACAAUCCCACAUCUCCCUACAUCUUCCACUUGCCUAUGGUCUUAUGAGGUUUGCUGAGCAGCAUUGACACCAGUGUCCUGUCAUGGGUUGCUGCAGUGUGACAGCGCGGGGUACCAAGGAGAAUGGCUGUGAUGGGCAUGAGGAGGCUGAGCUGCUCCAAACAGAUGAAAACGGGAAACCAUCAGCUCUUAGCUCACCCUGUACUCCAUCUCCAAAUGGGGGUCCUUGCUGCAUUACAGAGCUGGCUAUCCUGAACCCUGGUAAAGCUGCAUUUCACACAGUACAGACGCAGUUUGUAUCUAAGCCUAUUCUAUUUUGGGGGAGAACACGAGAAGAACUAAAUCACAUGAUUUUAAUAGAGCCGAUCCAAGGUUGGGAAGGGCAAGGAAUCAGAUCUUAUGGAAAUGUGGUCAUGUCAUCACUGGCUGUAAUGCAGAUCAGUCACACUGAGGAAUCAACAGAAUGCUUCAUGGUUUUGUUUCCUCUACACCUGUUAAUUCUUUCCAUGGAUCAUAAGGAGAGGAUAUUUAUUUAUCAGGGCCUUCUCCCUUUGUCAGGAAUGAAUGUAGUCUGUGAAAGAUACAAUUCUGGCUAUACCUUUGAGGUUAGUGGUCCCAUGAUUGAGCCACGCCAAGUGUCCUGUCUGAGCUCCAGUGAGAGGAGUCAAUGGAUUUCAGCUCUACAAAAGCACAUUCAGGAAGCAAAUGCCCACUACCCCCCGGUGUCUCCAACUAUCAGUAUUUUAUCAUAUCUGAUUCCAUGUGAUCAGUUAUGGAAGAAGAGAGGACUUAUAAGGUAUCUGACAUCAUGUCCCAUCCAGAAAUGGGAAGGGAAAGCCAUCCACCACAUGGGUCAUGUCAUCUUCUUAUCAGCCGUGCAAACAGCUCACACCAUGGAUGGGGAGUUUGAAGACCGCAUUUUGGUGUUAUUUCCUGAAGACUUAGUGUUCCUCUCAGUUGAUGCCAACAAAACAUCAGUGAUACAUCAGGGUACUCUGCCAUUAAAUGCUAUUCACAUCGAAGAAAGCCUAACAUGGAAUAGGCCUCUGGAGUUUCAGAUUACAGGUGACCUCAUGGAUCCCAUAUUAAUUGUAUGUAUGACUCCUGAAGACUACACUAAAUGGAUUUUUCAUUUACAGAAGCCUCAUCAUAUGCCUUGUGGUGUCACUCUACACCCACUUCCUUCUGUGCCAGCUAAAUAUAGAAGAUGAGAAGAGAAGAACCACCAGGAACAGGAAGGCAUGUCUGUCCUAAAUGUCAGCAUGUCUUAAGACUAUAGGAACCUUUAACUUCACCAUUGUGGACAUGGGCUAUCCAGAUGCUGAACUGUCUGGUGGGACCUAUCUAUUUUAUGACUGAUAAAAAAUGGAAACUUGAAUGUCAGUAAAAAGGUGAAAAUAAGACUGUGUGUGGGAAACUGUGACAUCAUGCUUUGAACAAUUACAGCCCAAGAAGAUGACUGGUAGAGUGCACCAAUAUGAUGCGUAUGCCAAGUACGUUCUACUACUUACCAUGACUCAAUUGUCUAAACAAUAGACUUUAUAAAAUUGAGGACUAUAAAUGUGCAUACAUAUGAAAAGUGGACUUGAUGGAGGUCAUAUUGAAGAACUCAUUACACUUACCUAUUUUCUAAAAGCCAUAACAAGAAUAUAAGAGCCUAAGAAUAAGUUUUUUUUCCCUCUUCUCAUAAAGUGUACUUUUAUUGUAUCUGCCUCAUAUCUAUAGCAGGGCUGGUUGGUAUGCUACAUUAUUAGGUCUGUUCUAUCAACUCCAUAUUCUCAGGUGUAUUGUCAAAAAAUGUUUGACUAAAUUAACGUAUGAAUGUUACAGUAGGUAUCUAUAUUGAAAAAAACGAAGAUUUUUCUGUCAUGCAUGGAAAGUUGAGCUAUUCCCCACCAUCAUAUGCUUUAUUCUACGAGGAUUACAUCUCAAGGAAGCUUCAUGACAACCAUAUUUACGCUAUGGACCAAAUCGUAAUUGUGGGGAAUGGAUGACCAUUUCAGAUCACCCAGUGACGUCUUAUGUAGGGGGCCAGACUGGAUUUACAGUUCUCUGAAGAAAUAGAUUCAGGGAAUAGAGCAGUAACUUGCCAGAGGGUUAUAAUAGUUGGACUGAUAAAUUAUUCUUACCCAAAGAUCUGUUAACUCAUAGCAGAACACUGAUCAAGUACAAGUUUAGUAGCCAUUGGAGUGUAUUACUCUUUUCUUACAGGACGCAUUUCUUCAGAGCAGGUGUUUACUUCAAGGUCAAGAACAUGAAGACCCCAUAGUUUCUUCUUCUUUAGUUAAAAAUAUUUAUUUACUGACACAUUUUUUUAUUUUUAUAUUUGUGUCAAAAUUAACAAUUUUUUAUUGUUUUCUGUCUUCUUAUUGUUAAAUAAAACAUAUUUAUGUUCUCAUGUCUACUGCUC